AUGGAUGAGAUGAAGAAGGAGCAUCAGAAGCUUCACAUAGCUGUGUUCCCAUGGCUGGCAUUUGGCCACUUCUUGCCUUUUCUUCAUCUCUCCAACCACUUAGUUCAAAUGGGUCACCGCAUUUCCUUCCUCUCCACCCCUAAAAACCUUCGUCGCCUCUCUCAAAUUGCUCCAAAUUUAUCCUCGCUUGUAACCAUGGUGCCACUGCCUCUGUCUCCCGUCCAUGGCUUGCCCGACUCCGCCGAGUCCACCUCCGAGUUGCCCUUCCACCUAGUCCCCUAUCUGAAACGAGCCUACGACCAGCUCCAACUCCCUCUCACUCAGUUUCUACACAACUCCGAUGUCAACUGGCUCAUCUAUGACUUUGCUCCUCACUGGUUGCCCCCAAUCGCCUCUCGACUCGGUAUCAACUCAGUCUUCUUCAGCAUUUUCAAUGCCAGCACACUCGCUUUCAUGGGCUCGCCGGAGGAGAUUCUCCGCCGCUGUCAACAGCAGGUGGAGAACUUAACCGUGGUUCCUGAGUGGAUCCCGUUUCCGUCCACCGUCGCUUUCAGGAUCCACGAGGUGACCCGCAUCCAGGACUGCAUGGACUCGGAAGCUUCCGAUUUCUUCCGAUUGGCAAAGGUGAUUGAAGGCUGCCGAUUUGUAGCUACCAGGAGCUGCGCCGAGUUAGAGGGUGAUUCACUGAGUCUCCUCGAAAAUCUCUACCAAAAGCCUGUCGUUCCGAUAGGGUUGCUUCCGACGGAGGUGAACGACAGCGAGGGAGACGAGAGCUGGGGCUCGUUAAGACAAUGGCUUGACGAGAAAACCGAAAACUCCGUCCUUUACGUUGCACUCGGUAGUGAGUUGACUCUGAGUCAGGACGAAAUGAACGAGUUGGCAUCUGGAAUAGAGAAAUCCGGCUUACCCUUCAUUUGGGUGGUUAAAACCAAAGAUGAUCCGAUUAUAACCGGGUUUGAGGGUCGGGUUUCAGGUCGUGGUUUAGUUUGGGCCAAUUGGGCUCCACAAAAGCAAAUCUUGGCUCACCCAUCAGUUCGUGGAUUCUUGACCCACUGUGGAUGGAGCUCCGUGAUCGAGGCUCUCGGGUUGGGUCGGGUGCUGAUUCUUUUCCCCGGGCCUUCUUCAGAUCUGGGGUUGGUGGCAAGACUCCUUGAAGGCAAGCGAGUCGGGUUGGAAGUACCGAGGGACAAGCGAGAUGGAUCAUUUACAGGCGACUCAGUGAGUAAGUCAAUAAAACGAGUUAUGGUGGAAGAAGAAGGAGAGCAACUUAGGAGAAAUGCAUGGGCAAUGAGGGAAAUCUUUGGAAAUGUGAAGUUGCAAACCAAAUAUUUAGAUGAGUUCACUCGGGUGCUUGAAAAUGACUCAGUAGUAACUAAAUCUACUUGA